AUGUCAGUAUAUCUCUCUGUUUUUAUGCAUAUGAGUGUCUCUCUCUCUCUCACUCUCUGCAGUUGUACACGUGUGUGUGUCUCUCUCUCUCUCUGCAGUUGUACACGUGUGUCUGUCUCUCUCUCUCUGCAGUUGUACAUGUGUGUCUGCCUGUCUCUCUCUCUCUCUCUCUCUCUGCAGUUGUACAUGUGUGUCUGCCUGUCUCUCUCUCUCUCUGCAGUUGUACACGUGUGUGUCUGUCUCUCUCUCUCUUUGCAGUUGUACACGUGUGAGUGUGUGUGGGUUUCUCUCUGUGUUUGUGCAAGUUUGUGUGUCUCUCUCACUCUGUACACAUGCGUGCGUCUCUCUCUCUUACUCUGUACACAUGUGCGCGUCCCUCUCACUAUGUACACAUGCGUGCGUCCAUCUCACUUUGUACACAUGCGUGCGUCUCUCUCUCUUACUCUGUACAUGUGUUUUCGUAUGUCUCUCCCUCUCUGUACAUGUGUGUGCAUAUCUCUCUCUCUCUCUCUCUCUCUGAACAUGUGUAUGUGUGUGUCUCUCUCUUUCUCUCCGUACAUGUGUACAUGUUUUUCUCUCUCUUUCACUAACGAUAACACAAGUACAUCUCAUAAGAGAAGAGACAAUUACGAUCAUAAAGGUCAUGGUGGCAAACGUAGUGGGGACGAGAGUAGCUCGAAAAGAGAGGCAUCUCUUAGCAUGGUGUGCUUCAUCCUCACUCAAGUCGUAUACUGGUGUCUCAUGAUGCAACCCUCAUGA